AUGGCCUUCGAGGAUGGAUACCAGCUGCCAGCAGACGCCGAGUCAAGGCGCUGUUUUCGCUACCCCCGGCUUGGAAAUGUGCUCUUCACUGUUUUCGUUGCGACGACAUCCGCCGUCAUCGCGGCCGUGACUACCGUGAACGUCAUGCUGAAGCACGCGGACAAGAGAGGCGUUCUCACCAGGCGUGCCGACGCGAGAGGCCUUUCUCAGUACAUUGACACUGAUGAGGAACAAAAGGCAGGCAUCGCCCAGGGACCUGUCGUCAUGAAGUACACAGGAUGCUCCAAUUGGCCCGACAUCCUCAUCAGCUCCACGAACAUCGACAGCGCGGACGUCAAACAACUGGUGCUGAAAUGCUCGGAACUGUGCAGUAUGGAGGACGAGUGCGAGUCCUAUAACAUCGCGAUUCCAACUUCGACGACAAUUAUACAAGAGGAAGACUACUAUUCCCCUGAGGUGAUCCUGCAUUACAACAUGUCGUUCGAACACUUGGACGGCAAAUGCACGGCGAAGGGUAGGGCUCCGAAGCACAAUUGCCUCAUCUUCAAGUGGGGUUGCCAGUACGAGGAGAAUGGAUGCUUCGACCUGCUCGUGGGGAAUCGGCUGGACCUUGGCCUCGAGGUGGACAGGCUGGACCUUGGCCUCGAGGUGGACAGGAUUUCGGGCAACGCGAGUCGUCAGGAGUAUGCUGACGUAGAAGGCUGGAGGGACAAGAAAACGGAAGUGGAGAAGGCGCGGCCCGCGUACCGCGAGACCACGGAUCUGGUCGCAGCGCCGGAGUACUUACACAGCGGCCAGACUAAUGGGUUGGGAGAGACGGAAGGAUGCGGUAGCAAUGAGUACCAGGCGGAGCUGACGCUGUCCGGCAUUCAGAAGGUCCGCAAAGCAGACCAGCAGAGAGCGGAUACUGACGAGAGCGGUGCGCAGGCCGGACCCCAGUUGAAAGCCGGAGUGGAUUAUAAGAUCAAGGAGCAGAAACAGGAGAUCAAGGAGGCGUUCGAUCUGUUCGACACGGACGGCUCGGGUGAGAUCGACUCUAAGGAGUUGAAGGUGGCCAUGCGAGCCCUCGGGUUCGAGCCGAAGAAGGAGGAGAUUCAGAAGAUGAUCUCCGACGUAGAUGAUGACGGAAGCGGGACCAUCGGAUAUGAGGAGUUCCUUAAGAUGAUGACGCACAAGAUUCUGAACCGUGACCCUAAGGACGAGAUUUUGAAAGCUUUCAGGCUAUUCGAUGAUGACGAGACUGGAAAGAUAUCCUUCAAGAAUCUGAAACGCGUGGCGAAGGAGCUGGGCGAGCGGAUGACGGAUGAGGAGUUGCAGGAGAUGAUCGACGAGGCCGACAGGGACGGCGACGGGGAGGAGCAGAAACAGGAGAUCAAGGAGGCGUUCGAUCUGUUUGACACGGACGGUUCGGGUGAGAUUGAUUCUAAGGAGUUGAAGGUGGCCAUGCGAGCCCUCGGGUUCGAGCCGAAGAAGGAGGAGAUUCAGAAGAUGAUCUCCGACGUAGAUGAUGACGGAAGCGGGACCAUCGGAUAUGAGGAGUUCCUUAAGAUGAUGACGCACAAGAUUCUGAACCGUGACCCCAAGGACGAGAUCUUGAAAGCUUUCAGGCUAUUCGAUGAUGACGAGACUGGAAAGAUAUCUUUCAAGAAUCUGAAACGCGUGGCGAAGGAGCUGGGCGAGCGGAUGACGGACGAGGAGUUGCAGGAGAUGAUCGACGAGGCCGACCGGGAUGGCGACGGGGAGGUGAACGAGGAGGAGUUCCUCCGCAUCAUGAAGAAGACAAAUUUGUUCUGA